AUGUUCUGUACAGGGAGAGCGCUGCACACCUUGUGGAGGUUGCUUUGGUGGGCAGCAGUGGUGUGCGGAGUGAGUUUAGCCCAGGAACCGUUCGCGAUUCAUUCCAUCAGGACAGACGGAGAUCUCACCUUGGGUGGCCUUUUCCCAGUGCACGCCAGAGGACCGAAGGGGACACCCUGCGGGGACCUCAAGAAGGAAAAGGGGAUCCAUCGUUUGGAGGCGAUGCUUUACGCCUUGGAUCAGAUUAACAGCGACCCCGAUCUUUUGACCAAUAUCACUCUGGGAGCUCGCAUCCUGGACACCUGUUCCAAGGACAUCUACGCAUUGGAGCAAUCUCUUACUUUCGUUCAGACUCACAUUCAGAAGGACUCUUCGGAUGUGAGAUGCACGAACGGGGAGCCCCCGAUCUUUGUCAAACCUGAGAGAAUAGUUGGAGUGAUUGGGGCAUCGUCUAGCUCUGUGUCCAUCAUGGUGGCCAAAAUAUUGAGACUCUUCAAGAUUCCGCAGAUCAGUUAUGCCUCCACAGCACCCGAGUUGAGUGAUAACAGCAGCUAUGCCUUCUUCUCACGCGUUGUUCCUCCGGAUUCCUACCAGACUCAGGCCAUGGUGGACAUAGUGAAAGCUAUGGGGUGGAAUUACGUGUCUACUUUAGCUUCAGAAGGGAGCUACGGGGAGAGUGGAGUGGAGGCGUUUGUGCAGGUCUCCAGGGAAGCUGGUGGGAUUUGCAUUGCUCAGUCUCUGAAAAUACCAAUGGAGUCAAGAAGAGCAGACUAUGAUAAAGUCAUCAGACGCCUUUUGGAUACACCCGAUGUUCGUGGCAUAAUCACUUUUGCCAAUGAGGAUGAUAUCAGGCAGGUACUUGCAGCUGCCAAAAGAGCAAACAGAGCAGGCCAUUUUGUCUGGGUCGGCUCCGACAGCUGGGGCUCGAAGACUUCUCCAGUAAAACAGCACGGGGAAGUGGCUGAGGGGGCAGUGACCAUUCUGCCCAAAAGAGCCUCUGUAGAAGGUUUUGAUACCUACUUCACAAGCCGGACUUUGGAGAAUAAUCGAAGAAAUGUCUGGUUUGCAGAGUUCUGGGAAGAGAACUUUGACUGUCAAGUGACACGAACUGGUUCAAAAAAAGACACAGCCAAAAAGUGUACAGGAGAAGAAAGGAUUGGAUUGCACUCCCAAUACCAACAGGAAGGUAAAGUUCAGUUUGUGAUUGAUGCUGUAUAUGCCAUGGCCCACGCACUGCAGAACAUGCACAAAAAUUUGUGCCCUGGCUACAUUGGCAUCUGUCCUGCGAUGGACCCAAUUAGUGGAGAAGACCUCCUGCGGUACAUCCGCAAUAUACAUUUUAAUGGUAGUGCUGGAAAUCCCGUGAUGUUCAAUGAUAAAGGUGAUGCUCCAGGCCGUUAUGAUAUCUUCCAAUACCAACUCAUUGCCAACAAUACCUGGGACUACCGCAUCAUUGGGCAGUGGACAGACCAACUAUAUCUUAAUGUGGAGGACAUGCGGUGGGCUGGAGGCAGCCGUCAGCCCCCUACAUCUGUCUGCAGUUUACCUUGCAAAGCUGGAGAGCGCAAAAAAAUGGUGAAAGGCGUGUCUUGCUGCUGGCAUUGUGAGCUUUGUGAUGGAUAUCAGUAUCAAAGAGAUGAAUUCACCUGCUCCCUGUGUAGCUAUGACAUGAGGCCCAAUGCAAACCGGACUGGCUGCAGCCAGAUCCCAAUUGUGAAGCUCGAGUGGCAUUCACCAUGGGCCAUUAUCCCUGUCUUUCUCGCUAUGCUUGGAAUUAUCGCCACUAUUUUUGUGAUUGCCACCUUUAUACGGUACAACGACACGCCCAUCGUGAGGGCCACCGGCCGGGAGCUCAGUUACGUCCUCCUCACUGGGAUAUUCCUUUGUUACAUCAUCACCUUCCUGAUGAUAGCCAAACCGAAUACAGGAAUCUGCUCCUUCCGUCGUAUCUUCUUGGGCCUUGGCAUGUGCAUCAGCUACGCAGCAUUAUUGACUAAGACGAACCGGAUUUUUCGCAUCUUUGAGCAGGGCAAGAAGGCCGUGACAGCACCCAGGCUCAUUAGCCCAACCUCUCAGCUGGCAAUCACAUCCAGUCUCAUUUCAGUCCAGCUCCUUGGAGUUUUCAUCUGGUUUGGGGUUGACCCACCAAACACAAUUAUAGACUACGAUGAACAGAAGACCUUAGAUCCUGAACUUGCCAGAGGUGUCCUCAAAUGUGAUAUUACAGAUUUACAAAUCAUAUGCUCCCUGGGAUACAGUAUUCUUCUAAUGGUGACAUGUACUGUUUAUGCCAUCAAAACAAGGGGCGUCCCAGAGAACUUCAAUGAAGCUAAGCCUAUUGGAUUCACUAUGUACACUACCUGUAUAGUUUGGCUUGCCUUUAUUCCAAUAUUUUUUGGCACUGCAAAAUCAGCAGAAAAGAUGUAUAUACAGACCACCACCCUCACCAUCUCCAUGAACCUAAGUGCUUCGGUAGCUUUAGGAAUGCUCUACAUGCCGAAGGUUUACAUCAUUAUCUUCCACCCAGAGCAGAACAUUCAGAAGAGAAAGCGUAGCUUUAAAGCAGUGGUUACUGCGGCAACGAUGUCUUCACGACUAUCUCACAAAUCCUCAGACAGGCCGAAUGGUGAAGCCAAAACAGAGUUGUGUGAAAAUGUAGAUCCAAACAGCCCAGCAGCCAAAAAGAAAUAUGUGAGCUACAAUGACCUUGUAAUUUAACUGCACUGACCUGAAGAGGAGGUCAAGUUCUUCAGGCAUAUGGUCAUUCAUCUGGCACAGGCCUCCACAUGCCCUACUGCCUGCUGGUGGAGGGGCCUGUAAGCCAGGCUUUACCUCAGAGAUUGAACACAGAAGAUCCAAGUGUUUGAUAAGCUCCUUGACAAACAACUCCUUCAAACAACCAUCGGACUUGCAACCCACUGUUGUAUUGUUACUUGCGUGACCUGACGCAUCAGUCAGAGCUGAGACCAAUGUAUCUUUUCUUGUGGACAAACUGCAAUGAACAAGUGAGAUCUCACAGGGCCUAUUAAGUCUUUGAGUGUACUUCCAGACUGCAGUUUUUGACAAAGAGAAAAAAA